AGAAACCAGGAAGUAACCCUCGUGUGCUCGUGUGGUUUGUAACCGUAACAGCAGAGAGUUCAUCAACUGACAGAAAGAGUAAAUCAGCGUUUCCAAGGCGCCAGCUCACUGAACAGGUUAUAAUGGCCUCUUACACCUGCAUCAGCUGCCGUGUGGCUUUUGCAGAUGGCGAUGUACAGCGAGCUCACUACAAAACCGACUGGCAUCGCUACAAUCUGAAGCGCAAGGUCGCAGACAUGCCUCCAGUCACCGCUGAAAACUUCCAGGAGCGCGUCCUUGCACAGCGUGCAGCCACGGAGCAGCAGCUGAGUGACACCGCGGCCACUGAAGGCUGCGCCGUUUGCAACAAAAAAUUCUCCAGCACCAAUGCCUACCAGAACCACCUGCAGUCCCACAAACACCAGCAGGCUGAGAAGCAGGCCCUGGCUGCCGCCCAGAAGAGAGUGGAGAAGAUAAACGAGAAGAACCUGGAGAAAGGACUCAGCGACGAGAAGGUGGACAACGACGCCAGGAAUGAGGCGCUGCAGCAGGCUCUGAAGGAGCAGCAGAGGUUGACCCCAGCCAAGCAAAGGAAGGUUCAGACAUCUCAGCAGAAGACGGGGAAGCAGGAGAAACCGCCACGGUUGAUGUGGCUGGAGGAGCAAGCCAAGAGGAGAGAGACGGAGGAGGGAGCCACGGCUGGGGAAGAUGGUUGGGAGGACGUUGACGAGGAGGAUGAUGAUGAGAUGGAGGAAGAAGAAGAAGAGGAGGAGGAGGAGGUGAUGGAUCAAGGAGAAGGAGACUCUGCAUCUUCUUCAGACCCCCAUCCUGCCGCUCUGCCAGGCUCCAUCCCUGUCACAGACUGCCUGUUCUGCUCUCAUCACUCAAAGACGCUCAUGAAAAAUGUCGCCCACAUGACCAAAGUCCACAGCUUCUUCAUCCCAGACGUGGAGUUCCUGGUCGACCUCAGAGGUCUCAUCCGCUACCUCGGAGAGAAAGUCGGAGCUGGAAACGUGUGUUUAUGGUGUAACGAGAAGGGACGGUCAUUUUACUCAACUGAAGCAGUACAGAGUCACAUGACGGACAAAAGCCAUUGUAAACUUUUCACAGAAGGAGACGCUGCUCUGGAGUUCGCAGAUUUCUACGACUUCAGGAGCAGCUAUCCAGACAGGAAGGAGGGAGAGGAUGUAGAUAUGAAUGAAGAUGAGUUACCAGAUGAAAAGAACCUGGAGUACGACGAUGAGACGCUGGAGCUGACUCUUCCUUCAGGCGCUACGAUCGGCCAUCGCUCCCUCAUGAGGUACUACAAACAGCGGUUUGGAACUCAGAGAACCGUGGCGCUGAGCCACAACAAGAACGCCGUCGGCAGAGUCCUCCGGCAGUACAAAGCUCUGGGCUGGGGUGGAGACGGAGGCAGCGGCUCCCUCUAUCAGAAACAGAAAGACAUGCAGUACGUUCAGAUGAUGAAGUCAAAGUGGAUGCUGAAGAUGGGCAUGAGCCACAACGCCACCAAGCAGAAGCACUUCAGGCCUCAAGUCAUUUUCUAAACUCAAGAAACUUUCCAAUCUUUGUUGUUUUCCUGCCAGUCAGACUUCAAAUACUGCAGCAGGUUCCUGCAUGGUGGCAGGAAAACACAUGAACUGGAGGUCUGUAAGCUGCUGCAGAAACCAUCAUGAAGAGUCAUUUUACCAACUUCUCGAGAGUCUAAAAUAAAAGCAGUUUAGCUACAUUUUGUCCUAGUAAGACAGCGAUCUUUAAUACUGCAUCUGUCAUGUUUCAUGGUGAUUUUUGAAAGGAAUCAAGGUAUCGUCACUGCAAAAGAUAAACUAAUGGAAAAGAGUGUAAAUCACAGAGAAGGAUAAAACUAGCAGUUAAUAAAAAGAUAUGAUUUCUAACAAUUUAAAUUCCUUUCAGUGCAUAAAAUACAGGAUUACAUCUUAAUUGUUCCACAUGCUUCUAAUACAUCAACAAAAUAAAGAUUUUAAAUACUUA